CCAGAGUAAAGGACUUGAAAAGGCAGUGACAGCCAAGAAGGAUAUUUUGAAGUUUGAAAUGAUCCCUAUAUAAAUAGAACGGAUCAGCAUAACUUUGGGAUAAAAUUAGCCAACGGUUUGUGGGCUCCGUAGCAUGUGCCUGGUUGCUUGAUGCUGCUCUUCUGAUAAAUCACAACAAAGCUUCCAGAGGGAGAGGAAGGAUGGACGGCUCCACUGGCCCGGUCACCAAGUCGGGAGCUGCCAAAUUAGUGAAGAGAAAUUUCCUUGAGGCUCUCAAGUCAAAUGACUCCGGAAAAUUGAAGGCUAUUUUAAUCCAAAGGCAAAUAGAUGUGGACACAGUUUUUGAAGUUGAAGAUGAGAAUAUGGUUUUGGCAUCUUAUAAACAAGGUUACUGGUUACCUAGUUACAAAUUGAAGUCCUCCUGGGCCACUGGCUUGCACCUGUCUGUCUUGUUCGGCCAUGUGGAGUGUCUGCUGGUGCUGCUGGACCACAAUGCUACCAUCAACUGUAGACCCAACGGCAAAACCCCUCUGCACGUGGCUUGUGAGAUGGCCAACCUGGAUUGUGUGAAGAUCCUCUGUGACCGCGGGGCGAAGCUCAACUGUUACUCCUUAAGUGGCCACACGGCCUUGCACUUCUGUACAACUCCAAACUCUAUUCUCUGUGCCAAGCAGUUGGUUUGGAGAGGGGCCAAUGUGAACAUGAAGACCAACAAUCAGGAUGAAGAGACACCCUUGCACACAGCUGCCCACUUCGGCCUCUCAGAGCUGGUGGCCUUCUACGUGGAGCAUGGCGCUGUUGUGGACAGCGUGAAUGCGCACAUGGAGACCCCACUGGCCAUUGCUGCCUACUGGUCCCUCCGCUUCAAAGAGCAGGAGUACAGCCAAGAGCACCACCUCAUCUGCCGCAUGCUGCUCGACCACAAGGCCGAGGUCAAUGCUCGGGAUGAUGACUUCAAGUCUCCCCUGCACAAGGCAGCCUGGAAUUGUGACCACGUCCUCAUGCACAUGAUGCUGGAAGCUGGUGCCGAAGCCAAUCUCAUGGAUAUCAAUGGCUGCGCUGCCAUUCAGUAUGUGUUGAAGGUCACCUCGGUGCGCCCAGCCGCCCAACCUGAGAUCUGUUACCAGCUGCUCCUGAACCACGGGGCUGCUCGCAUCUACCCGCCACAGUUCCACAAGGUGAUCCAGGCUUGCCAUUCUUGUCCCAAAGCCAUCGAAGUUGUGGUCAAUGCCUAUGAGCACAUCAGGUGGAACAUUAAGUGGAGAACGGCCAUCCCCGAUGAUGACUUGGAGAAAUACUGGGAUUUCUACCACUCUCUCUUUACCGUGUGCUGCAACUCUCCAAGGACGCUCAUGCACUUGGCACGAUGCGCUAUUCGAAAGGCUUUGAACAACAGAUGUCACAAAGCAAUUCCUUUGCUGUCCCUCCCAUUGUCAUUGAAAAAGUACUUGCUCUUAGAGCCAGAGGGAAUCAUUUAUUAAGCCUGAUGAGACAGCAGUUCCUAAUCCUAGAUGUGUAAGUGCAUGUGCUAGUUAGACAUAGUUUGCAUAAAUAAAGUAGUGCUUGGGUUGAUUAUAACACAU